AUGGCAUUCUUAAUCUUCAAAUCUCAGCCUCCUUACAACACCAUCACCACAAUCUCCAACCUCACUUCUUCAAACCCAAUAGACCUUGCAAGAAUCAAUGAUGUCACUACUUCACACACAAUGUUCCAAAUUGGUAAAGAGGUUAUUGUCCCUUUGAAAUGCUCUUGUUCUUCAAUGAAGGACACCAAGUAUUACUAUUACCAAUCCAAAACCAAACAUGUCUUGGGUGCAAUUUUGCCAGAAACAACAUAUUUCAAUGUUGCAAAUGAAACUUUCCAAGGCUUAACCACUUGUGAUUCGCUAAAGAGGUUCAAUCCUUAUCCGGAGCUCGAUUUGCGUGCCGGCAUGGAGUUGAAUGUUCCAUUAAGGUGUGCUUGUCCAACAUGGAAUCAAGAAAGAAAUGGCACCAAGUAUUUGAUGACUUAUUCUGUGAAUUGGGGUGACACAAUUUCUAGCAUUGCAUCAAGAUUCAAUGCAACAAUACAGAAUCUUCUUGAAGCCAAUGGUAUUUCCAUGGAAACUACAAUUUUUCCAUUCACAACUCUUCUGAUUCCUUUGCCAAGUGAACCACUGAGUUCAUCAACAAUCAUAGUUGCCAAUGAUCCACCAUAUGAUUCUACUUCACCACAUGCCAAAACCGGUUCCAAAGGGAUCGAGUUAAAGAAACUAGUAAUAUUCAAUAUAGUUCUUGCUGCUAUAUUGAUUCUGAGCAUCAUGUCAUCUCUAGUGUCUUUGAUAGGAAAGAUAUCAAAAAGAUUCAUCAAGGCAGGCAAAAUCCGUAAGAGAAAUAGCGCAAUUUCAGAAGAUAUCCGCGUUGAAAUAACAAGCAUUGAUGUGAACUAUUCCAAAUUGUACAAGUUCGAGGAAAUCAAGGAUGCUACUGAAAAUUUCAGUUCAAGGAACAGAAUCAAAGGUUCUGUAUUUCAUGGCGAAUUCGGUAACAAAAGGAAAAGUUUUGCUGUCAAAAGAAGAAUAGUAAAGGAUUUGUUCUACCUUGUAUUUGAAUUCAUGGAAAAUGGAUCCUUAAGAGAAUGGCUUAGUAGUGAAGAAAACUCAUUUUUGCAUAAAAGUUGGUCAAAGAGGAUUCAAAUUGCUUUGGAUAUUGCAAAUGGACUUCAAUAUCUUUACAACUUCACAUAUCCUGGUUAUGUUCACAAUGGUAUUAACACUGGAAACAUUCUUCUAAACAAAGAUCUAAGGGCAAAGAUAGCAAAUUUUUCUCGUGCAGAAGAAUUAUUAAAAAGGAGAAUGAUAACAAGUUCAAUUUCUUCUCACACUUCAGAUGAUGUUUAUGCCUUUGGAGUGGUACUUUUGGAAUUGAUCACUGGCAAAGAAUGUGUUACACUGCAUGGUUUAUUAAGAGAAGGAAUAAUAAUGGUUUCUAGGAUCAUGAUGAAUAAACUCAUUGGUAAGGAGUAUGAAGAAGAAGAGAAUUUGAGUUUGUUCUUUGAUCCAAGGCUCAUUGGAAACAUUGAGAGAAAAAGUGCUUUGAUGCUAGUUAAGCUAAGUUUAGGUUGCUUGAAUCAAGAAUCAGAAAGUAGACCAAACAUGUCAGAGGUGGUCUCUACCUUGUGGAAAACACUUUCUGAGUCCCAUAAUAAUUGUUGGAGUGAGAAAAUUGUCAUGUUGAAAUGUUAA